AAUUAUAAACAAUCUGAUUUAGUGGCUGUUUCUGUUUACAGCAGUGGCCUCUUAGUACAGAGCUGUCUCGUUUUACCCAUGUCACUGCAGGGCCCUUAAACAAUGUUUCCUCCCCUACCUCUUACUCAUUGUGUUGCAUCACAGCUGAGCUCGACCUUUGACUUCCCUGUAGUGAUGGUGGGUGGCAAUUGACCCUCAGUCUGGAUCUGGUCAUUUACUUUCAUUCAAAUCACUAGAUUGUCUUUUCACUUCGUAUAGUUUUAGCCUCGGCCAACGUUUGACUUCCUGUCGCUGCUCCGUAAUGAACUUCAAACAGUGUUUUUUCGAUUAACCAGCAAAACUUCAACGAAGGGACUCGUCUGACUGGACAGGGUGAUCCUGGUUCAAGUUGCCGGGUCGCCCCCGGGGGCGUUUCUGACUUUGAUCGCUUCCUGCUUGUUGUCGCACGCGUCAAACAGCGUGGAUCAAGACGGCGGCGAGCGAAAGUGGCGCCCGCCGGGGGAGCGCGCUGGGCAGCAGGGCGACGGCCAGUCCGGGGCGCUUGAGUCUGUCAUCUGGAGGAUGACCGUCACAUCUCCACCAGCUUCUCGCCCGUGCCCCACAGAAAACCACUGCUUUUGUCGCUCUGCGAGCAUCAAGGCGCUGCGCGCAAUCACAGCUCCAGGACCAGUGGCGGAGUCGGUGCGCUCUUGCAGAAAACAUAUCUGGGCUCAGACUGCAGUCAGUGCGUCUCUCCAUGUCUCCAAGAACCAGACACGGGUCCUCCUCCGCGAAGUCACCCGCAAUGAAGCCGCUAUAAUAUAACCUGUUUUUCUCCUUUCAUGAUCUGGUCUUUUCUUACUUUGCGCGGUGCCAACUAAAAGAGGGAAGACGCGCGCUCCGGCUGCAAGUUUCUGCGCGUGUGUCGCACUGGAGCGGAGGAAGCGAUGGCAGCCCCGGUGAACGCAGCCCUGGCUCUCCUGGUGACCACCGUGGCAACUGCCCUGUGUGCCGACGUGGAGGAGCGGCUGGUGAGUCACCUGCUGUCGCCGGAGCGCUACAACAAGCUGAUCAGACCGGCGGUCAACAACAGCCAGCAGGUCUCCGUUUACAUCCAGGUGUCUCUGGCCCAGCUGAUCAACGUGAAUGAGAGGGAGCAGAUCAUGACCACCAACUGCUGGUUGUCUCAGGUAUGGAACGAUUACAGAUUAAUGUGGGACCCUGAGGAGUAUGAAGGAAUCAAGAAGAUCCGCGUCCCAUCGCAACACAUCUGGCUGCCGGACAUCGUCCUCUACAACAACGCCGACGGCACCUACGAGGUCUCCUACUACUGCAACGUUGUGGUCUCCAACAACGGCGAGGUCAACUGGCUCCCGCCCGCCAUCUACAAGUCAGCCUGCAAAAUCGAGGUGCGGGACUUCCCCUUCGACCAGCAGAACUGCACCCUCAAGUUCCGCUCCUGGACGUACGACCACACGGAGAUCGACCUGAUUCUCCUCAGCGACUUCGCCAGUCGCGACGACUUCAAGCCCAGCGGCGAAUGGGAUAUUGUCUCGCUGCCCGGACGCAAGAACGAAGACCCUCAUGACAUCAAGUACCUCGAUAUCACCUAUGACUUCAUAAUCAAGAGGAAACCUCUGUUCUACACCAUCAACCUGAUCAUCCCCUGCAUCCUCAUCACCUCCCUUGCUAUCCUGGUGUUCUACCUCCCGUCCGACUGCGGUGAAAAGAUGACUCUCUGUAUCUCCGUCCUCCUGGCCCUGACUGUGUUUUUACUCCUGAUCUCCAAGAUUGUGCCGCCGACAUCUUUAGCAGUGCCUCUGAUUGGGAAGUAUCUGAUGUUUACAAUGGUGCUGGUCACCUUCUCCAUCGUCACCAGUGUCUGCGUGCUCAACGUGCACCACCGGUCCCCGAGUACGCACACCAUGCCUCCCUGGGUCAAGCGCGUCUUCCUGUACCAGCUUCCCUCAUACCUCUUCAUGCGUCGGCCCGGCAGCUCCAACAUCCGCGAGAAGUUCCGCAAAAAGCACCAGCAGCGCUCGUACUCGGACCACAAGCUCCGCGGAGCAGAGGGGGGCAUGGGGGGUCCCGCCGGCACGGCGGACUCCCCCUCGUCCUUCUUCGUCAACGAGGACUCGGCCAAGCGCUACGGCUGGAGGAUCGGCGACCUGUCCGAGAACACGGAGUUCAGGAAGAGGAUGACGCUCAAGAGCAACAUCGACGUGGAGGACGCGGUGGACGGCGUGCGCUACAUCGCUGAGAAGAUGAAGAGUGAGGAUGACGAUGAGGGGAUAAUUGAAGACUGGAAGUACGUUGCCAUGGUGAUCGACCGUCUCUUCCUGUGGAUCUUUGUGUGUGUGUGUGUUGUCGGGACGCUGGGCCUCUUCAUGCAGCCCCUGUUCCAAAGUUAUAACACCCCCAGUAUCGAUGACGUGGACCAUAACUGAAAUCUGAAACUGGAACUUUGGUCUCUACAAGGCCCCAACAUGAACUUUACAUUUAACACAUAAACACUUUCACCACUCACACGUCCAUCGCUACCACACCCUCACUGGGAAACACGUUCGACCCUUUUGCCCUCCUAAUGUCCGUCACCCUCGCCGCUCAUCCUGUCAUCUUCACGCCUCUGCCAUUCGCUGAGGAAAUGGAAUCUUUCAGUGCAUCUAGAGGGCAGAAUGCUGAGACAGGACCAGGCAAAGUGGUUGCAUCUGUAGCUCCACCUAAAAAAAGGUGGUGGGGAAAAUAAGUGUGUAAAUGUGUGUGUGUGUGUGUGUGUGUGUGUGUGUAGGGGGAGGGAAAUAACUGACGGGAACAAGACCCAAGUUAUAAUUACCCACUAUUAUCUUUUUUCAUUCAUACUGUGAAGUGAAACCACCUAUUGUAUCUUCAAAACAAAACCUUUACCGCAUUAAGUGUGUUAGUGCUCAGAUCCUUCACUUGGCCGGCGACAGCAACUCAGGACUUCAUCUCAUUUUUUGUCUGUCUAAAACAAAGAAGAAGAAGAAACGAGAAGAGGAAGCAGUUUCUUGUAGAUACACAGAGAAGUUCACAUCCCUGCGUCCGACGCACACGCGUAUGAACUUCUAAUAUUUGCCCUGAACAUGGGCACAGAACCGACGCUAUUGGACUAUUACUAAUAAUAAUAGAUUAACGUAUGAGUGGCCCGUGUGUUUGAGCAGCCAUAUUGUCAGUGAGUGACGGAUGUUACAGCAGUGCAUUAACCGAUUCCUCAAAGCAGCGCUCGCCAUCAAAGAGCCCAGCAGCAAUAAUAGUGUAUAUUACUUCAUCCACGGUGACCUGGCUCGUCACUGUCCUCCUUGGAUCCUUGUCCAGACAAACAACUGUGCUGAUGUUUGUGUCUAAAACCUUUUUCCUCUCAUGGUCGGGCGCGCUGUGACAGGUUCCACGUCACAGUGUUACAAGAAAGAACUGUGAGACGAUCUCAUGUCUUUACUUAGUGGAUCAAUAAAGUGAAAUGAA